AUGACAGAGGAGCAUAAAAAACGAACUUACAGCCGUUUCAGAAGGCACGUAAAAAUACUUAUUUGGAAAUCUUAUCUGCAAAGACAACGAAGAUGGCAGAUUCUAGUUUUUGAGACUUUAUUUGCCGGUCUAUGUUUUAUACUGGCCGUGUUUAUCGCUAAGCCCGUGUUCCUUACACCAAUCCGAGCUGAACCGGAACCGCCUCUCACCGGGCGUGAUCUUCUAGGAUCUCUUCACCACCGAAGCAUCGUUGGAUACGCACCGAAGAGCUUUCCUUUCGAUAAAAUCAUGAAUAGAGCGGCUGACCUCUUAAACAUCGAACUCCUAGCUGGCGAUUCGGAAGAUGAUCUCAACAACAUUCUGUACAGCCGUUCCAGAGGCACGCUCUCAAACAACUCUGUUAUAUGGAUCGUGUGGAAAGAAAAGAAAGCAAAUACCUGGCAAUUCAGCAUAAGAAGUACAGAACGAGCGCGGCUGGCCAUCAAGUCAGACAACGGCUCUCCAAGCCCGCACCUUCGCGCCGGCUUCCUUGGUGUGCAGAUGGCUGUCAGUCAGGCAAUCCUGGAGCAUGUUUCCACCACGCCGCCUAAUUUUAAUAUAAGCUUAGUGUCGAUGCCGGUGUCACCGCUGAUGCAACAGAAGACCGUAAAACAAUCUCUAGCUGGAAUCCUCCUGUGCUUCACGCUAGCUCUCUUACCGCCUGUGCUCGAAAUUGAAGCGCUAGUCGUCAAUGAAUCUGUCACUCUUUUUAAGCGCGCCCUGCGUGUCCGCAACGUAUCAUACACCUCCAUCUACGUUGGGUGGAUAAUGUACGCGUACUUCACGGCGCUGCCCAUCUGCCUCCUGGCUGGCAUCACUCUCAUCCUCAUUUUCCGCUGGAUUCAUCUUCUGUUCGCUCUUAUCACCAUCCUCGCCUACAAAACCGUUGUGAUUAUGCUGGCUUUGAUCAUGGCGAUGUAUCACAAUAAAGCGUGGGUCGCUUGCGCUUGGACAAUGCUGUUCACGCUAAUGCAGACGUUUUUGUCGGAGCUAAUGGUGCACCAUCGGUUUGAUAUAGAAAAUAGAGCACUGACGUUUGCGUUGCAGAUUGUCUUGCCUCCCUUGGGACUCGUGCAUGCUUUUAAUGAGUUUGCUUUGUUGCAAACUGGUCAAGCAGCGGACAAUAAUAACUCCUUAAUAUAUCCCUUAUUGUCGUGGUUGUUAAUGAUUGCUUUUUAUUUUGCAAUACUUAUGCUCUUGCAAAGGACUAUCGGAAAUGAAAGGGCAAUAGGAGGUCAAAAGUCGUGGAAGUCUAUUCUCUUCAAAAAGGGCGAGGACGUCAAUAAAUUGCAUCGUAUAGAAUCACAUACAGCAGCGGACAAAGAUAAACUACAAGAAGUAGAUGAGCUUGUUGCUAAAGCUGUUAGUUUUAGGAAUGUUUCGAAGAGUAUCAUGGGCACACUUGUUCUAAGCGAUGUAACAUUUGACAUAUAUCGUGGCGAGUUUACAAUGAUAUUCGCGAACCGGAUUCACCGGAAGAUGAUAAUCACCAUAGAAGACUUGCUUUCUGGCUUAACAUUUGCCGACAAAGGCUCGAUUAACGUUCUCGGCCAAGUGCUGAAGCCAGGCAACAACUGCAUGGACCAGCCAUACAUGGCCGGCUACUGUCAUCGUAGCGAGUUCCUAAUUCGAGACCUUUCUGUGGAGGAACACCUUAUCUUUUUUCUGGAGAUUUGUAUAUGGAACGAGUCAAGCAGUUACGUUACUGAGUAUAGUCAAAUUCGAAUGAAACGUCUUCUGCAAGACUGUGACCUAAAGGCCGUGAAGGACCAAUUUGUGGAGAAUUUGGACGUUUACUAUCAGGCGCAACUGUGCUGGGCGAUAGCAAUUCUUUUGGAACCAAGGAUUAUAAUAGUGAACAGUUUAACUUCUACGCCUACUUACGAAGCGGUGAUAAAAGAUAAGAUUAUGCGCUACAAGAAAUAUAUAACUAUAGUGAAGUUUUGCUUCGCCAGCAUUAAACUGGAAUACGCGGACCGAGUCUUCUUGUUUAAUAAUAAAGUUCUUGUCUUCGGCGGCACUCCUGCUUAUUUGUUCUUCAAAUUUGGUCGAGAAUAUCGCGUACGACUAACAUUCCAAAGCGGCAGUCUCGACAAUGAGGCAAUACCGGAAAUCCUACAGAAAGCCCACGUAGCCGGUGCUAAAGUCCGAGCUCAUUUAGGCUCCCUGCUCAUACUUAGGUUGCCUACAACUCCCACUGCCAAGGUAGCAGCGUUGAUCAGAAACUUGGCCGAGAACUCAAAUGCAUACGGAAUUACUUCUAUGAAUAUCAGUAUACCAGAUUCAGAGGAAGUUUGCCAUAGGGCUAUACAUGAGUCGAAUUUGGGAACACCACUUUUCCAAUCUUCUGCAGAUACACGAGACAUAUCAAACAAUGCUUUGAAACAGAUCGGCGAGCAACCAAUUUGGAAAAAACAUACAACGGCAUGCAGCGUUGGUGUGCAACUUAAAGUCAUCGGAUGGAAAUAUUACACAUUUUACACUUACCACAAGCUCUUCCUUAGUAUGACGAUACUAUCCGCGGUAACUGCUGGUGUCACGAUAGGAAUUUCACUAUCCACGUUACUGACCUAUUUGGAGAAGGAUCAUAGUUCAAUGAAAACUCUUCAUGGUGAAUUGUUGACUGUAGAGGCCCUGAAACAAAAUACUACCAUGGUACUACAUCUGGAUAACUCGAGCUUUGCCACUUCUGUAGCUAAGAGCUACGUACUUUCUGAAACAAAUUCAACAAUUAGCGAUAUUGAAAAAAUUGUAUAUACAGCCCUAGCAAAAAGUGAGAGUCUUACAGAAUAUCUUAUAACGCGGGCAAUCGACUCCCCUCAGCACUACGUCUGGGAGUUUGCUUAUGGAAUCGACAUUAAAAGUCAUAAAAAUGGUAGCCAUAAUGUGCGAGUGCUAUACAGUCCUCUUCACUACGACUACGCGGCGGCGGCGAGGUCUCUCGCCCGCGCAUAUAUGGCUCUUAUUCGACACUACACCAACGAGCUCGACGCAACGAUCCAAGUCACCGAUAAUCCACUAGCUUUAGAUCUGACCAGUUUGUUGAUAUUCGCGGGACAACCUCCUCUACUGGCACAGUUCCUUCUCAUUCUUACCAUAUUACACAUAACCCUCUUGCCAUCUAAAGAACAUGGACUCAUAAGACAUAUGCAGUGCCACUCGGCGAACUUUUCACCAAUGUGUUACUGGUUCACAUUGUUCGUGUACGACUCGGCUAUGUAUUUCCUCCUGGUCGUUUUGAUGACGUCAUUACUAGUUGCCACCAUUUAUAUAAUAACGCCGUCUGCACACUUUCAUGUCGAAGAUUUUGCAAUACUUGCACUGCUUCUAACUGUUUACGGAAUAGGAUGCAUACCUCAAGCUUAUCUCUUCAGUUUGGGCCCCCAAGCCCAACUUAAUUCUAUGAUCUUUAUAAUAGUCAACAUUAUAUUUGGCGAAACGUCAAUCAUUGCCAAGAUUCUCUACGGCAAUGCGUUAAACUAUGCUCUGCACUUCGUGAGCUUUUCGCCUCAAUUCAAUAUGGCGUAUGCUUAUGUAAAAAUAAAGAAGAUAUUUCUUUACAACACGGAGUGUAGUGUACUCAAAACAAAAAACCUUUGCUCUGCGGAAGCCUUACAUAAAUGUUGCGAAAAAUGUGGUGUUCUGCAGGAAUGUUUUACAAGACAAUCAUAUCUUCUAAACAAAGAGACUGGAAUUAUAAUGGAACUAGCGGCUAUACUCAGCACGUCUGUUAUAUUUGUGACACUGUUAAUGCUUUGGGAAUAUAAAUUGAUACAGCGUGGAUGGAUGUACGCAGUGAACAAAAUUUACCCGAUUAAAUACGCACGGGAACCGGAUUCGUUGGGAGUACAGAAGGAGAAGGCGAAUGUUAUGGAUAAAUAUAAGUAUCUUCAUUCCAGUCAAAACUUAAAGAUGGAUAACUUCGGCGAAUAUCUCCUCGCUAUUGAUGUAACUAAAGAAGAUGUAGGCAUUGGUACAAUCAGGAACGUUUACUUAGGCCUAGGUAAAAGCGAGGUCCAGGCUCUAUCGGGGCUGAAAAACCACGGCAGAAGAAAGCUUUGCGAGGUGCUGGCUGGAUAUAAAUUACCCACCAGCGGUCAACUGUGGGCGAUGUCGACUUGGGAAGUGCGAAGACAUCCACAUAAGUACGCCUGCCAAAUUGGACUUUGUUCAGACCGUACACCUUUACCUCCUUGGAUGACCAUAUUCGACGCACUUGAACUAAUAGCGAUACUGCGCGGUGUCCCAAAUAAAUACGUGAAGACUGAAGUUAUGAACUACAUUGAUGCUCUUGAGCUUCAUGACAAAGCGGAUACAGUAAUCGAUUGUUUACAACAAACGGACCUCACUAAGGUGCACUUCGCGGCUGCUGUUGUCGGCGCACCCCCUAUCCUCGUCUUAGACGAGUUUACCGCCUAUCAGAAAUAUUCAGUAAGACGCGCUAUGUACUAUAUUCUACACCAUCUAAGGAAGCGAGGGCAUGCCGUUUUCAUUAGUUCUUGUAGCGUAGAAAGUCACCUGCCGGUGACGAACCGCCUGGCUAUGCUAGUAAAUGGUUUGAUCUACGACAUAGACAGUGUGGAUAAUUUGGUAGCGCGGUACAGCCACAAGGGUUUCACAGUCGUACUGCACCUCAAGGAUGAGGUGGAUGUGAAGAAUAUGCUCAGCAGCUACUUCUUAACCUUCGUUAUUAACGACGUAUCGGAAGUUCUCGUAAACGUCCAAUUACUGGACUUCGAUCUCAACUGGUCGACUUUAUUUGAUAAAAUGGAGAAACUCGUGGCAGAAAACCAGACAGUCUAUUCGUACAUCGUGUCAGCAAUUCCUAUCAAUUAUGUGUAUAAUUGGAUCUUGGCAAACGAAAGUGGUCGGCAACCUGUAAAGGAAAAAACACCAUUUUCUUUCUUUAAACGUAUCUCUUCGCGACCACCAAAGAUAAAACCUAAUCAGGCGGCGAUAAACGGACUGAUCCCGUUCGAAGAGAAAUAUAACCUAACUAAAUUGAAAGAGUUGCCAUGGUCCGUGAUAUUCCAGAGAUAA